UGGGCAAUACUCGUGGUGUUUCUCUGGAUAGAGCCGGGCUGUAUGCAGCGUGUGUCGGGUGAUAGCAGGGACGGGUGUGCUGUGGUGACACCCUAACAUCGCCUUCUAUAUCAGAUCUGCGCGGUGUCACACCAAUACCCCGGGAUAGUAGGAAGCAUGGAUUACUUGCUCCAGGUAAAGCUGGGCUGCCUUUUCGGGUUGCUGUUUCUCACUCUUUUCUUCGGGUUGGUUCCGUCCAGAAUAAAAUGGUUCCAUGCUUCCUCUGGGAGAGAGAUUCAUCAAAUGUGCUUGAGCUUUAUUAGCUGCAUAGCCGGGGGAGUGUUCUUGGGUGCCUGUCUACUGGAUAUCGUUCCUGACUUUCUUAGUGACAUGAAGGAGGCCAUGGAGAAAGAGCAAAUAACAACAAGUUUUCCUCUCCCAGAAUUUAUCUUGGGGGCCGGAGUCUUGCUUGUCUUGAUUAUAGAACGCAUUGUCCUGGAAUGUAGUCAUAGUAUGACUGAAGAGACUGCACCACUGUUAUCCAGCCCUGCUAACUCUCGGUCUAGAGAAGAAAACGUACAUCGCCAUUCUUAUGGUGGCCAGAAUCACGAUGUGGAACAAGCAGGACACCACUUUCACGUGGAUUUCAAUGCUCACUCCUCCUUCCGGUCCUUUAUCCUCAUCCUGUCCUUGUCUCUGCAUUCUAUAUUUGAAGGGAUUGCCAUUGGAUUACAGAAUGGCCAGUCAGAGGUUCUACAGAUAGCCAUUGCAAUCCUCAUUCAUAAGAGUAUAAUUGCCAUUAGCCUAUCCCUGCUCUUAAUGCAGAGCAAUGUAAAAACACGAUGGUUUGUGCUGUCAAUUGUCGUAUUUGCACUUAUGUCGCCAAUUGGCAUUGCUAUAGGAAUUGGGGUUAUGCAGAAUGAAGCCAAUGGAAGUGGUCUGGUUCAGAGUACUCUAGAAGGUUUGGCUGCUGGGACAUUUGUCUAUAUAACAUUUCUAGAGAUCUUGCCACAUGAACUAAACUCUAACAGAUGGCGCCUACCUAAAGUCAUUUUCAUACUGCUUGGGUUCUCUGGUAUGACAGCACUCAGGUUUUUAGGCUGAUUACUGAAGCCUUUACAACAUAU